CAUAUUGAUGUUCGUCCUUCUUGUGCGUGGAGGAAAAGAACAAAUUAAUGUUAUUGGUUUGAGUGACAGAUAUUUAUUGGUUUAUUACUGUGGUUUCUUGUUUUUUCAUCAACCUAAAACUUUAACGUAAUGUGCCCUCAACUUUACAUUGCAACAAUCGUUUAAUUUAUUGACAGCAACUGCCGCUAGCCCCGAGAACAUCGCUAAAAUUUCGGGAUAAAUUGACAAGAGCUCUGGGCCUGGCUCUCGACUUUUAGCCUAUCCAAUGGUCAUCACUCUUCACUGUCAUUUACAGCCACAGUAUCAGUAGUCUAACCUACCAUACCAUUUACAUCAGUACAAAAUAAACAUGGUCAGCACCAUGUGUCUUUACUGGCAGUCAACAGACUUAUAAAUGAUACGAAAACUGGUGCCAGUGAGUUUUGAAGUUUGGAUUUAUUCACCAUAAACUCCCAGCCACAACCCUGCAGUAACAAUGAGAAACCGAAGUAAUUCCGGAAUCCGUUUGGAUUACUACCAGAGACUAGUUUAUAAAAGUAUACUGAAAUAUCAGAACCCAGCUACAGGUUUGAUAUCAAGUAGUGAGACUAAUUCUCAUGCUUGGGUGAGAGAUAAUGUAUACUCUAUUAUAUCAGUGUGGGGAUUGGCAAUGGCCUACAGAAAAACAGCUGAUUUGGAUGAAGAUAGAGCUAAAGCUUAUGAACUAGAACAGGCCAUAGUGAAAGCUAUGAGAGGAUUAUUAAAAUGUAUGAUGGUACAAGUUGAUAAGUUAGAGAAAUUUAAGAAAACACAGAGUCCGAGAGAUGCUCUACAUGCUAAAUAUUGUAGUAAAACGGGCAAGGCUGUAGUAGGAGAUUAUGAAUGGGGUCAUCUACAGAUUGAUGCAACUUCACUGUAUUUAUUAACAUUAGCUCAAAUGACAGCUUCUGGAUUGGAGAUAAUUUAUACGUUAGACGAAGUAGCAUUUAUACAGAAUCUUGUCUUCUAUAUAGAAACAGCCUAUAGAACACCUGAUUAUGGUAUCUGGGAAAGAGGUGAUAAAACUAAUCAUGGAUUACCUGAACUCAACUCUAGCUCUAUUGGAAUGGCUAAAGCUGCAUUAGAUGCUAUUAAUGAAUUAGAUUUAUUUGGAGCUCGUGGUGGACCUGCAUCUGUUAUUCAUGUUUUACCAGAUGAAGCACAGCAAUGUCAGGCUAUUUUAGAUUCUAUGUUACCAAGAGAAUCAUCAUCUAAAGAGAUUGAUUCAGCUCUAUUAACUGUUAUAAGUUAUCCAGCUUUUGCUGUAGAUGAUGUUCAACUUAUUGAACAUACCAGAAAAACUAUCAAGGAAAAACUCGAGGGCAAAUACGGUUGUGCUAGAUUUCUGAGAGAUGGUUUCAAGACAGCAAAAGAGGAUCCAAGAAGAUUACAUUAUGAACCUUGGGAAUUAUUAGUAUUUGAGAAGAUUGAAUGUCAGUGGCCAUUGUUUUUCACAUAUUUUAUAUUAGAUGGUCUGUUUAACAAUAACAAAAAUAUGGUAGAAGAGUACAGACAAAAAUUAGAUGAAGUCAUAUUUAAAUCAGAGGAUGGUAUACCAAUGAUACCAGAAUUAUUUUAUGUACCAGCAGAUAAGGUUGAAGCAGAAUACAAGAAACCCAACAGUCAGAAAAGAUUAGCCACAGGGAAAUUACCUCACAUGUGGGGACAGUCUAUGUAUAUAUUAGGUCGUCUCAUGUAUGAGGGAUUUUUAUCACCCGGUGAAUUAGAUCCGUUAAAUAGACGUCUGGUAGCAGAAACUAAACCAGAUAUUGUUGUACAAGUUGUUAUAUUAGCUGAAGAUACGUUGAUAAGAGAUAAACUAGCAGAACAAGGUAUAGAAGUACAAUCUGUUAGUGAUGUACAACCUAUACAAGUUUAUCCAGCUAGAAUACUUAGUCAGAUCUAUUCACUUCUAGGUAAAAAUAAGAGACUUGGAUUGAGUGGUCGAGCCUCAAGUGAGAUUGGUCUCCUAGCAACCAGUAAACUUUAUGUUCUUCACGAUCAAAUUUUUGCGUUUAUUCCACAGUUUAUGGAUCAACAGAGAUUCUACAUGGCCCUCGAUACCAACUUUAUGCUUGAUUUUCUGCGAACUGAAAUAGCCUACUUAAAAAGCAGCUGGAAAGGGUUAGGGCGUCCAACACUGACUGUCACGGUAACACAUGCAUUAAUGGAUAAUCAUAAGGCACCUCCUACCACACUGAUAGCAACAAUUAAAAAAUUACAAAGUGGAUACAUAAAUGGUACAAGAGUUCACUUAGGAAAAUUGGAAGAAUUUUUAACAACAUCUUGUGUGACUAAACUUAGUUUUGUCCGUGAUUUAGAUGAUCCCUAUCAAGGUGAAGAUCAAGUUAUUCGAUUUAUGGAUAAACUGAUGAGUCCAACUUGUCCGAGACCACGUCUACUUUCGCAUUCAAAAAAAGGUCGAAGUUUAGGGAUCAGAAGCAAGAGAUCAAACUCUGUACAUGGUAUUGUGAAAAGGUCAAGAUCGAUUCAGAUUGAUCCUGACCAAGCGGCAGAUAUUCAAAGUCAUCUGUUAGAACGAACAGCAUCCCAAGAUGGAAAUGGUAAUGAAGCGCCACUGUCCCCAGGAUUAAAUUCUCCCACAGACGAAAUCCAUCAUAUAUUACAUCUGAAGACAUCUACUCCAAAUGUACUGAGUCCAGAACCAACACCUCCAACUAGUCCUAAUCCUUCCAGAUCACACCGUAAACAUCUGUCAAGUUUAUCAGAAAAUCAUAAUCAUCAUGAACAUAUUAAUCCCCAGGAACUAGUCGAUAGUUUAUCACAUACAGAGAAUUUAAAUGAACAAGCAGACAUUAUCCACUAUUUGUUUAUGACAAUGGGUAUUGAUUGGGAUACUAAAUUAGAUGAUAAACAAUGUACAGUUAAAGAAUUAUUAACAGAACUCUAUGAAAAGGCUGGUCAUUGGAAACAAUGGUGGUUGGUGAGACAUACAGCUGGUAUGUUGAAAAAACGAGUUGAAGAUUUAGCAUUGGCAGCUACAGAUCUACUGGUUCGUCAGAAACAAUUAUCUGUAGGUUUACCACCUGAUAGAGAACGUAUUAUAACUCGGCCACUACCACCAGAUGAAUUAGCUAAUGUCUCUUGUCUUGUUUCAGGCCACUACCACCAGAUGAGUUAG